AUGGCAGUACACGACUUACCGUUGGCAAUGAUCUUUUUUACUGGAAUUGUCGCAGUACUGGCAUAUGGUCUAUUCAAACUUAUCAAUGAGCGACGUUUCUAUAAAGACCUGCCGAAACCACCGCACAGUUUCUUCUGGGGUCACCUUAAGAUCUUGGAAGAUGCCUUCAAGAUGUUGCCUAAGGACGCCCAUUAUCAAGCAGCAGUGAUGACUAUUGCCAGGAAGUACGACAUGCCGGAAGUCUUCUACCUGGAUCUUUGGCCAGCUGCCCCUGGUCAGGUUGUGGUGACAAAUCCAGAUGUCGCACUUCAUAUGACCGCCAUCAGGAAUCACCCAAAGCAUGAGGCUGAGAAGUGGUUUGUCGAUCCUCUGAUUGGAACAGGCAAUAUCGUCAGCACAAAUGGAGCGCGAUGGAAAUACUUGCACAAGAUGCUGAGCCCAGCAUUUUCUAUAACACAUAUUAGCAAUAUGAGAUCUAUGGUGGCUGCCGAAGUCAUGAAAUUUCGCUCGAUCCUUCAGAGGAAAUCCGAAUCUGGAGACACCUUCAGACUUGAGGAUAUCACACAACAUCUGACUUUCGAUGUCAUCACCACCGCUACUUUUGGCCACUCACUAGAUGCACAAACCAAAGGCAACAUUGCUCUACAGCAUUUCGAAGACAUGUGUAGGGCAUUCAUGCAAACUCGAAAAUCAUUCAACUUGGUCCGGAACUUCUUUCUGGACAGAAAGCGCAAUGCAGCAAGGAAGAAGCUUGACGAAGUCAUCGCCGUGCUCAUAAAAGAAAGAUUUGAAAAGAUACUGCAAGAUAAAGUGGACCUUACGGAAAAGCGUGGCCUUGGGGUCAUGGAUCUUAUCCUCCGAGACCAUCUAGAGAAUUCGAGCCAGACGGGGAGACAGGAGCUCGAUCCUGAAUUCCUCGAAAAUGCUAUCACACAGGUCAAGACACUGCUCAUCGGCGGUACCAGCACAACGUCAGACACAGUCUGUUUCGGGGUCAUGCUUCUGAGUGUGCACCCCGAAGUUGUCCAGAAGAUGCGUGAGGAACAUGAUCGAAUCUUCGCAAAGGGUAUCGAAGCAACAUACGAACUUCUGAAAUCAAAUCCACACAAGCUUAAUGAGCUCGAAUACACAAACAACGUCAUCAAGGAAGUGUUGCGCCUCUAUCCAAUAGGCAACACUGCCCGUGCAGGCUUAGACACUAUCCCCUUCGAGGGCCGAGAUUAUCCAACCAAAGGCCUCAUGGUCAACCCGGUCCAGUUUGUGAUGCAUAUGAACCCAAAGAUCUUUCCGAAUCCGACCAAGUUUGACCCAGACCGCUUCACACGCGACGAUUUCCCGCGCCACGCAUGGCGUCCAUUUGAGAAAGGUCCUCGGGCUUGCUUGGGUCAGCCGUUGGCCAUGGAUGAAUUGAGAAUCACGCUGCUGUUGACCGUGAGAGACUUUGACUUCACGUGUGCAGAUCUCAAGCCAAACAAGACACCGCGUGUGGAGUGGACCGAUCUCGACUUGACAUUCGGCGACCGCGCAUUCCAGGAAAUGGUCUUCGAGGCAAGGCCAAGAGACGGUAUGCCGUUGACAGUUAGGAAAUCUCGGUGG